AUGCAAGCCGACCGUAUGGAACUGGAAGAGUCUGCGGACUCGAGCACGAAGCGCAAGGGACGGCUGUUUGCUGAUCGGGACGACCGAGACGACCAGCCGGCCAGCUUUUCGGGUGCGGGUGCCGGAUUGGGCGACACGGCGAGUCGGGCGCAGCGAUCCGUCGAGGGCUGGAUUGUGCUCGUUACCAACGUUCACGAGGAGGCGAGCGAGGACGACUUGAUGGACCGAUUCAGCGACCACGGCGAGGUCAAGAACUUGCACCUCAACUUGGAUCGGAGGACGGGUUAUGUCAAGGGCUACGCGCUGGUCGAGUACGAGACGAAGGACGAGGCGCUGAAGGCAAUCCAGGAGGCGCCGCAAGAGCCGUUCCUCGAGAAGGUCCUCUCGUGCGACUUUGCGUUCGUCCAGCCGCCUGCAGGACUGCCCGCUGCACAGGAGAAGACGACGUCGAGACGUUCCGGCCGCGAACGGAGCGCGAGUCCGGUCAGGAAGCCGCUCGUCACCCGCAUCGACUGA